CAACGAAAGGGUUGAAACUGGAAAAAUGAUCAAUAUUGGCGUUUAGGAGCCGUCCGAAAUUCACACUGGUCACCGGAAUUCAGGUUUUUGUCCUACGGUCACGUUUCUGGCAUGUCUUGCCGCGACAUCCACGCCACAAACGCGUUUGCGUUCAUCAUUGCCGUGCUGUCCAUGGGCGGUUUGAUCGUGGCCACGGUCAUCCCUCAGUGGAGGACCACUCAGCUGGUCACGUUUAACCGCAACGCCAAGAACGUGACCGUGUACGACGGCCUGUGGACCAAAUGCGUGAAGCGGGACGGUUACUCUGGCUGCUUCUACUUCGACGCAGAAUGGUACUCCAAAGUGGACCAACUGGAUCUUCGGCUUCUCCAGUUCUGCUUACCAACAGGCCUUCUUUUCUCAAACCUGGCGUUGCUUCUCUGUCUGACGGGAAUGUGCAAGACAGCCUGCUGUUCCAAGACUCCUGAAGACAUCAAGACCAGCCGCUGUUUAGUGAACAGCGCAGGCUGCCACCUAGUGGCCGGGAUGUUUCUGUUCCUGGGCGGGGCGAUCGCCAUGCCUCCGUCCGUGUGGUUCCUGUUCCACACUCAGGAUCUGAACGAGCGUUACGAGAACCUGUUUGCCGUGGAGUUUGCGGUCUACGUGGCGAUCGGGAGCGCGGGCGGGCUCAUCCUCGCCGCCCUGCUGACGUUCAUGUGGUACUGCAUGUGUAAGAAACUGCCUUCGCCUUUCUGGCUGCCCCUGCCCGAACCUCCGGCCAUUCCCAACAGCCUGUCGGCUCAGCCGCUGAUAUCGAAUGGCCUGCCCUCGCCGGUUGGCUACGCCCCCCAGAACUUCCCACCCGCUGUUCUGGACGCGGCAUCCUACGCUCCCGCGCAGGUCCUCCCGCAGGCACAGCCCAUGCCGCCUCACGUCUACAUGCCCCAGAUGCCAGUUCAGGACGGGUACGGUUCUGAGGUGGGCGCGUCGCAGGCGUAUGGUUACGCCCCAUCGCAGAGCUAUGCGCCGUCGCAGAGUUACGCGCCUUCGCAGAGUUACGCCCCCUCGCAAAGUUACGCCCCCUCGCAAAGUUACGCCCCUUCUCAAAGUUACGCGCCUUCUCAAAGUUACGCGCCCUCUCAAAGUUACGCCCCUUCACAGAGGUACGCUGGCCAUCGCCACUCAUCCCGAUCGCGUCUCUCGGGCAUCGAAAUCGACAUUCCCGUCCUCACAGAUUAACGCAGAGAGAUAUAACAGUUAAAUUAACCAUUUAUACGAGAUUUUAAAUGAAAAAAGGCCAUUUUAUGUGUCAAAGAUACUGUUUUCACAGGUUUUUGUUAAUUUUUUGGUCUGACCGUCUGUAGAUCAGGGAAGUUAGGCUACUUUAAACUGUUGGACUCUGUUGGCCAACUGUGUUGUAAACUUAAAAAAAAACUUUUAAUGAAGGAAAGGGAAAGGCUCUGUGCUUCAGUAGUACUGAACACAUGACCUUUCUGUUUAAGCACUGUAAACAUUCACUGACUCAAAGUCAAGACGCUGUGGUUUUAGUAAACAAACACAUUUAGGGAUGUCACUACACAGAGAUUAGGCUACUGUAACAGAACUGGAACUCUAAAAAGGUCUUUUGAACUUCGGCUGUUCCACACUUAAACUACACUCAUCCAACGCAUAAUAAUCGUCUCCAUGGCAAUGCGAGACACCCAUCUCCACACUAAUCCAGCCUUAAUGAUUUCCACUGACACCACACUGACAACCUCUACUCAGCUCUAUGUGACAUAGCAAAGUUCAGCAAAAGUUAAACUUAUUUAAAAAAAAAAAAAAAAAACACUUCUAGAAGGAGAUCCUAACAAUACACUACUCACAGAUUUAACUAUUAUAUAUUAUUUUCCUCAGUGCCAAGGUUUUAUUGUUAGCCUUUGUCAAAAGUCAUAACUGUAGUGCCUUACUGGUUCAUCAUUCAGGGAAGAUAUGGCUGACACCACUGUACAUAUUCCAGAUGUAUAACAGAGCACACUGCUUUUCUGCUCUUUUUUAGAUGAGUUACACAGGAUGUAGGGUAAAAUGUGACAAGCUGCCAAUUUUUUUUUUUAUCUGUUUUUAAAAACAGAAGUGCUGAUAUCUAAAAUGAGCUCAUGUAAACCGACACAAAACGGUAUUGGUGGGUAUAGAUGUUUGUGUCAGAGAUUAUGAGUUGGUUUUAAGGUUAAUUUUUAAUAGGUCACAGCUAUGAAGGAUUUAUGAACGCUUAUGUACGGCCACGCUAGGUCAAGUGUUACUACUAAUGCAAUUCUGUCUUAUUUGUAGUUUUUUGAUUGUUUGUUUGUUUUUUCAAUAAUUGAUUUUAAACUGUGAAAAUGGCAGAAAGUGCUUGCUUGCCAUAAAGUUAGCCAAGCCUGAUUCACAAAAUGAACUUUUUCGAGGAUAUAAUUUCUAUACGCAAAGUAUACACUAGGCUUUUUUUUUCCCCCUAAAUGUUUACUUUAUAAGUAUUAUGUUCAAAUGCAGCUGGAACACUGUAAAAGAGGUUUUUGUUUGUUUGUUUGUUUGUGUGUUUUUAUAAAAGUACAUCUGUGAAGAUAUACCUUUGAAAGAAAUGUUGUAUAAUACUACUUGUUGUAUUUCUGCAAAGACAGUGAUCUACCCCAUUUUUUGUCAUCAGUUCACUUUAUGUUAUGUGUCUGUGUGUUAUAAAGAAAACACACAUCUUUCCUAUAAUGAGUCUUUAGAACACUUUGAGGGCAAAGCACUCUGUUUAACAUUCCACUCUGAAAUCAAGGGAGACAUCUUCUUUCUUUUGAUUGUCUUGUUUCAGUGUCUUAACUCACAAAAGAUGCCUGGUCAAUAUAGGCUUGAUAAAAAAAAGAUAAUUUAUAAUGUAUUACGUGAAUGACAAUGCAGGCGUUUUCAGACCGCAGGGUUGAGACAGAACACUGUGUUUUACAAUGUUUUGAAGGAUGCCUUUCUCUGGAGGUCGUGUUUCGUACCCUCUCGCUUCUGCCUUGACAACAGUUUUUUUUGUUUGUUUUUUUGGGUUUUUUUUUUCAAGAACAAGACAAAAAUUAUUUGUGUUCACGCCAUUUAUAUCAUAUUGUGGGUGCCAAACAUAAUACACUUGACUGCUUACUGAAAACUUGAUAGCAUUUCCACGAUUUCUCCUUCCCCGUCUCUCUCUCAGUCUAUCCGCGCUAAUGCCUAGUCUUCACUUUAUUCACUUCUUUGUGGAAUACAAGCAAACUGCAGUUUAGGGAGUUAAAAUUCCCAAUGCUUUGUGUCUUUUUCUUUUAUUA